AAUAUAACCUACCAGCACGUGUGAACUUUGCAGUGUUUUUCAAGUAGGUACAUAAUCAAGUUAUUAAUAAUUAAUUGAAGUGGAAAAUUAGUUGUCGAAAAUGGGUAGAAAAGCGAAAUUUGAUGAGACGAAAAAAGUGAAAAAAGGUCCUGGAAGGAAAGCAAAAAAACAGCCCGAUCCAGUAUUUAGAAAGGAGCUAUUAGAGACUGAAGAUCAGGUGAAAAAACUGACUCACAGGCAAAAGCAAAGGGCCGCAAAACGUGCCAAAAAAAAGGCUGAAAUAGUUGAAAAAAGAAAAGCUAUAAAACAAGGCAAGAAAAAUGAAGCUAAAGAAAUUGAGACAAAUGACGAAGACAUUAAAAAACCAGUUGUAAAAGGUUACUCUGAUGACAACAAAGAAUGGCUGAAACCAAAACAGAAGGUUAAACAACAGAAAAAACAAAAAGAUUCAGACAGUGACAUUUGUGAUCAAGAUGAGGGUUCAGAGAUGGAGCAGGACUCUGAAGCUGAAAGUGAGCAUGAAGAAGAAACAAAAACUGUCAGUGAAAAGUAUAAGGUGGGAACUCUUGAUGAUCUAUUCAAAGAUUCUGACGAAGAGGAGGCGGAUCCAAGUUCAGAAGAAGAAGGAUCUGUAAAUAGUGGCAAUGCAGGAUAUAAUUCUGAUUCAAGUGAAGAAGAAUCUGAUGAGGAUGGUGAUGAUGAGGAUAUGCUGCCUAUUGAAAAAGCAAAUGUGAAGCUGAAGAAGAAACAAAAGGAGGAAAAGAAAUUGGCAGAUGAGGAAAUGCAAUUGAAUAUAUCAAAACAAGAUGUUUUUGCUUUCCCUUCAGAAGAAGAGCUACAGAAUCCUACCAGCCUUCAAGAUGUACAACAAAGGAUCAAAGAUGUAGUCUCUGUUUUGACAGAAUUUAAUAGAUUAAAAGAGGAAGGGCGUUCAAGAUGUGAAUACACAGACUUAUUACUUAAAGAUCUUUGUACCUAUUAUAGUUAUAAUGAGUUUUUGAUGGAAGUUCUUAUGCAAAUAUUUCCUGUACAAGAAUUAGUGGAGUUUUUGGAAGCAAGUGAGAUUGCUAGACCUGUGACGAUAAGAACUAACAGUCUCAAAACUAGAAGAAGAGAUUUAGCCCAGGCAUUGAUUAAUCGAGGAGUCAAUUUGGACCCAGUUGGCAAAUGGAGCAAGGUUGGCCUUGUUAUUUAUAGUUCCACAGUACCUAUUGGUGCAACGCCUGAGUAUUUAGCUGGUCACUAUAUAUUACAAGGUGCAUCAAGUUUUUUACCAGUAAUGGCAUUAGCCCCUCAAGAAAAUGAGAGAAUAUUAGAUAUGUGUGCUGCUCCAGGUGGGAAAGCGUCACAUAUAGCUGCUAUAAUGAAAAAUACUGGUGCCUUAUUUGCAAAUGAUGCAAACAAAGAAAGAACAAAAGCAGUUGUGGGAAAUUUCCACAGAUUGGGUGUAGUCAAUGCUGUUAUAUGCAAUUAUGAUGGUCGACAAUUCCCUGAAGUUAUUAAAGGGUUUGACAGGGUAUUGCUUGACGCACCAUGUACUGGUACUGGGGUAAUUGCUAAAGAUCCCAGUGUAAAGACUACGAAAGACCAGAAGGACAUACAAAGGUGUUUUAAUUUGCAGAGGCAGCUAUUGUUAGCUGCAAUUGAUUGUUGUAAUGCCAAAUCAAGUACGGGCGGGUAUAUUGUGUACUCCACUUGUUCUAUUUUACCUGAAGAAAAUGAAUGGGUUGUAAAUUACGCAUUGAAGAGACGAAAUGUGAAAUUGGUUCCCACAGGCCUUGAUUUUGGAACUGAAGGUUUUAUGAAAUACAGGCAUCAUAGGUUCCAUCCAUCAUUAAAAUUGACUAGAAGAUUUUAUCCUCACACACAUAAUAUGGAUGGAUUCUUUGUCGCUAAAUUAAAGAAAUUCUCCAAUGUCAUUCCUGAGGCAGUUAUAGAUGAUGAUGAUAAGGAAACCGAAGGUGCAGAUGAAGAAACAGUUGUCACAAACGAAGGAGAUCAGUCUACAGAUGCCAUUUCUAAUAAUGUAACUUCCAAGGUCAGUGGCCCCCAGAAAAGAACUUUGGAGCCAGAGUCGAAUAUAGCUGAGCCACAAACAAAGAAAAUGAAAGGUGAAAAUGCAAAAAGUUCCACUGGAAACGCUGCGGUCAAUAAGAAAAAUAAAAAUAAAAAUAAGAAGGGACCUCAGUCACAGAACCUAAACAACUCAAAUAGUAGAGUUCAGGGUAAAAUGGGCAGUGCAGAAAAAUUGCAAAACUCAAGAAAGCAGCAAGAACCCUCACUACAUGGUCAAGGAAAGCAACAUGAAAAGAAAAAUAGUAAACUUGGUAAAAACAGAAAAGUAAAUGGUCUGACUGAAAAUAAAAAUAAAAAGGCAAAUGAAAACAAACCUAACAGUUCCAAUCCAAUGAAGACAACAAAUAAAAAGCAUAGUAAAAUUAAUAAAAAUCACAGUAAAAUCAAAAGAAAGGUUUGAUAAACGUUUAUGUAAGGAUAGCAUAAAAGAAAGUGAGAAUUUAUGUGCUAUUUGACAUAUUAUAUUGGAUUGUAAUAAAGUUACUGCUAUUAUAA